ACUGAAAUGCCACCGACUCGUCACUCGGGGCGGUGGGUGAGCGUUCCUCUCCCCACUCGGCCGGGCGCACCGGGCGCUGCAGCCCUGGGCCGGGCGGGGGCCCGGCGGGUCCCGCACCGCUGCGGGCUGCGCGGGGUCCGGCACCGGCGGGGCGGGGGCCGGGGAGCCGCCCCCCCCGGCCCGGCGCGGCCCCGGGAGCCCCCCCGCGGGGGCCGUGCGCCGCCUGAUUGGCCGCAGCGCGGGGGCCCCCGGGGACGGUGCCGCGGCGGCGGGAGGCGGCGGGAGGCGGCCGCAGGAUGGGCGGCAGAGCCGGCUUCUUCGAGGUGGAAAUCCUUGAUUGGAAGACAAAGAAACUGCUGUGCUUCCUAGAUAAGGUGGAACCAAAUGCCACAAUUAGGGAGAUCAGGUUGAUGUUCCAUAAAUUAUAUCCUCGGUGGUAUCCAGCAAGGCAGUCGAUAAAACUUGAUCCAAAAGGAAAGUCCCUGAGGGAUGAGGAAAUCCUGCAGCACCUCCCUGUUGGCACAACUGCUACCUUAUACUUUAAAGAUUUAGGGCCACAGAUAGGAUGGACUACGGUAUUUUUGAUAGAAUAUACAGGUCCAUUGUUCAUCUAUUUUCUGUUUUAUUUCCGCAUGCCUUUUGUCUAUGGACUGGAUGAGAGGUUUGCAUCAAGCCCGCAUCCAGUAGUUAACUUGGCAUGUAUCUGCCAUUCUUUCCACUACAUCAAAAGGUUGAUUGAAACAGUAUUUGUUCAUCGGUUCUCCCAUGGGACUAUGCCACUGAGGAAUAUUGUGAAGAACUGCUUGUAUUACUGGGGUUUUGCAGCUUGGCUUGCUUAUUACAUCAAUCAUCCUCUUUACACUCCUCCUUCUUAUGGGAAAAAACAGAUAAAUUUUGCUGUGAUCAUGUUUCUGCUGUGUGAAGCUGGAAAUUUUUCCAUUCAUGUUGCACUCAGUGACCUCCGGAGAAAUGGAUCCAAAACCCGUAAGAUCCCAUAUCCAACAAAGAAUCCUUUCACAUGGCUGUUUUUCUUUGUAUCUUGCCCUAACUAUACAUAUGAGGUGGGGACGUGGAUCAGUUUCACUAUCAUGACUCAGUGUGUUCCAGUGGGGCUGUUCACCUUGCUUUGCUUCAUUCAGAUGACAAUCUGGGCAAAAGAUAAACACUGCACCUACCUACGAGAAUUCAAGGAUUACCCAAGUCUUCGAAUGCCAAUUAUUCCCUUUUUGUUGUAAGAAAAGUAGUUUGAUUUGAAUAUUGCACAGAACUUUGAGAAGAAAAAGCUCAUAGACCUCCUGCCAAAUAAGUGAAUUAAUUUAAAGGAUUUUGGUGCAUGUUGAAUCUCCACUGCUGAGGGGAAUUUUAUGCAAUUGAAAACUACACUUCCUUACAUCAAGAAUUCUCAACUCAGAAGCACCUUCCAAAAAUAGGGCUUCAUUGCACAGCUGGUAGUCAAAAGCCCCUACAGUUCAGUGUAACCUGAUUGACUUAGAUUUUCCUGUACUAGUCUAUUUAGAUUGAUGGAUCAGAGAUACUGAGAAGACUGCUGAAAAGCAGCUCCAAAUUUAGCAGUGGCAUUCUGCAAGACAUAAGUACAUUGGAAUGAGGACAUACCAGCUAACUACUAGAGAGCUCAGCUCAGCCAGCACAGCCAGCUGGCCUGAAGACAGUUCCAUGAUCUGCCUUCUUUGACAUGAAGAAGAGAGUGUGCUGCCUGGAGGCAGGUGCUUUGUAACAAACAACAUUACCAAAGAAUAUGAAUGGAUCCUGUAAUAAAGAAAUAGGCAAUAUCUCAAA